CGCGGCGCUUUGUGGGUAUCCGGCUGGGGUCUCCUGGCGACGACCAUGGCGGGGGAUGUGGGCGGUCGUAGCUGCACGGACUCGGAGCUGCUGUUGCACCCGGAGCUGCUGUCCCAGGAGUUCCUUCUCCUCACUCUGGAGCAGAAGAACAUCACUGUUCAAAAUGAUGUAAGAGUAAACAAAGACAAUCUUACUGAUCUCUAUGUCCAGCAUGCUAUACCAUUGCCUCAGAGGGAUUUGCCAAAGAACAGAUGGGGAAAAAUGAUGGAAAAGAAAAGAGAGCAACAUGAAGUGAGAAAUGAAACUAAAAGGAGCACCACUGUAGAUGGGUUGAGGAAAAGACCCCUCAUUGUGUUUGAUGGAAACUCAACAAGUACAAGCAUCAAAGUGAAAAAGACAGAGAAUGGAGACAAUGAUCGCCUCAGACCGCCCCCUCAGGCAAGCCUUACCAAUAAUGCCUUUAGAAAAGUUCCAAAUUCUUCCUCAAAUGUUUCACCCAUAAUUUUGUCUUCCAAUUUGCCUACAAAUGAUAAAACUGAGCACAGUAAUAAUGACAGUAAACAGAACCAUGACUUAAUGAAUAGGAAAAGUCCUUCAGGCCCUGUGAAGUCACCACCUUUGUCCCCUGUUGGAACUACUCCGGUGAAGUUGAAGCGGGCUGCUCCAAAAGAAGAAGCAGAGACCGUGAACAACCUGAAGCCCCCGGAAGCAAAGAGGAAGAUACAACAUGUUACAUGGCCGUGAAGGGAAGUUUCCAAAAAUGUAAAUAUAAUGUAACUGUAGUUUUUCAAACAAGUAUACAGCAUUUACAGGGGUCCUGAUUAUUGUGGAAUUUUCUUGAGAAGUUUAAAAUAGGUUUGAAAAAGUCUUUUCCUUCCCUUCCUUCCUUCCUUCUUCCCUUUCUUUAAAAUUUUUUUUGACUUUCAUGUCCUAAUUACAGAACAAAUUCUUUUUAAAGCAAUGGCUUUAGUGUAUAUCAUUUGUAACUUUCUUUACUCAAGCAGAAGCAUGUAACAAUUACAGUAUUUUAGUAAAUACUGCCACACACAUCUUCAAGGUUUCAACAAGAAAAACAUCUUGAUAGUAUUGCUGGAAACUACUCUGAAGGUUCUGUGAUAAAGUUACUGUUUUUAAGUGUUUAUACCACUUCAUAAGAAGCAGAAGGGAGUCAUUGCAUGCUGUUGUUUCCUUUCCUUGAAGUCCUAACAGAAUUGAUUGAUUGGUUCUAAACUAACUGGUGCAUCCUUUAGAAUGUUCUUGCCUUGCAGGAUGUCUGCCUACUCUUUUCUUGAGCAGCCUGUGAUCUCACUUGUGAGUUCAGCUUUUAUUCCUAGGACCUUAUUCUUUUUAAAAUGAAGUUGAUUUUAAAGUCUUCAGGCUGAGUAAUCAUGUUGGAGGUGGCACUUGAUGGCAGAAAGUUUUGAGAAUGGUGGGGCUAGAACUUAGGCAAGUCUAGGAAAUAUGUCAGUGAGAGAGGAAGGUCAUGUGCCCUGAAAAGGUAGUAGUGGAACCACUAGAGUGGGAAUCACUGCAGAGUUAGGCAGAGGAGAAACUGGGCCCUGUGCUAUAUAGUAUGUGCAGCUUCCUGCAGGGUUGAACUACACAGAUAUACUUAUGAAGGCCUUUGGUCUACUUAUGUGUAAGUGGUACUAUCACACCUGUUGUAUAAUGCAAGACACUGAGUAAAUACAGUUUAUGUUACAGUCAUGAGUUCUUCUACCUACUUCCUGUUAUGGUCAAUAUGCUUUAGGACUGUCUUACUCUUUUGUUACAUUUUUAGUUCAGCUGUCCAAUAGCCUUACAAAACAUUAAUUCAGCCUUGUAGGUAAGUAUUGUACAAAGGCUUUAGUCCUGUAGUUUUUAACCAUUCUGCCUUCUUUCCAGACUGUAAAUCUAUAAACAUAAGAUAAAAUUGAUGUGUAGUAAGUGUUGCAUACAUUGUUAAUAUUACUGUAAAUUUUAAAUAUAUUGUUAAUCUGCUGUAGUAUUGUUGAUGGGAACUGUACUCCUAUACAUAAAUAUUAAGGGAGAUUUAAAAAGUGCAGAUUUUAGUAUAGAAUGACAAAUUAUAUUUUAUAUUCAGUUGUCCACUUUGCUUCCACCUGCAUUUCUCACUUUUAAGAGAGUUAACCAUUUGACAAUUUUAAGUCAGUGGGAACUUAUUUUUAUUUAUUCAGUGAAUUUUUAAUUUGUAUAUUUAACUUACAGAGUAGGUUGGUAAUAACAGCUGAACUGUGUAACAUUGUUGCUUCAAAUUGAAGUUAAUACUAUGAACAUUCAGAGUCAGUGUUCACAAAGCAGCAGAUUAUUGAGCUGUUUUGAGUUUGAGAAGUGGAGAAGCGCUGAACCAUGCACUGUGCAUUACAUAUUCUCACCUUCUUAGAGUGCUGUGCCUCCUAAAGGGAUCACAGAACUGGUUUUCUCCACAUGAUGAAGAAGCAUGUCUAGUGCUGGGAAUCUGGAGCAGCAGCAUUGGGAAUCUUCUAUUUUGAAGUAAUUUAAAAAGUUAACUGAAAAAAAAAGUUAAUUUUUUAUUUUGAAGUGGUGGUUUGGGUUGCUUGUUAAGGGUAGAAGGACUUUAUUUGAAUGGUGUACAAUUCUGGUAUAACCUUUACUCACGAACAUAGAGUUCAUACUGUUGCUUUUGGUUUGUAUCCCAAUAAAGCCAGCUGUUGUUUUUACUAGGCUAGGUACAUGAAUGGCAUUAGAGUCAGUCAGUAGUUUAUGAGGUGUAAAAGACACCACUGUUGCCCUCAGCCAGUGGGCUUUGUUUGCCUCAUCUUCCCCUUCCCCCCAUUUUACCCUUUCUAGCAUUUUCCUUCUUGCCUUUUGUUCUUUUUUCUCCUUACUCUUUAUCUAAGCCUCAGGCUUAGAUUUGCAAGUUGUACUUCUUGGUCCCACUUUAUUUACUAAAAGGUAAAAUUGACUGACCCUCAUCCCCCACAGUCUGCUUACACCAGAGGGAUCAUAGACUAUGUGAACUCUACAGUCUCAGGACCCUGCAGCACCAGGGCACUAAAUUGCUUCGGAAGGCUGGUAAAGCCGUACAGUUUUCCAAAAUAGCCUUAUUGAUCUGGAAGCUGCUGGGCCCUUCAGAAAGAUGGUUCACUACUGCUCUAAGGCUGUGCUUGCAAGUAUUUAAAUUCUUCAGAAUUGGAGUUUUUAUUUGAAACACUAUUUUGGUUAAGUUUUGAGAUACAAUUCUAAAACUGAUUUAGAGACUCAUUCAAUAGCAAUGACCUUUAAAAACUUACAUUAAGUAAAACUGCCAGUAGAUUAAACCAUUUAUGUGUGUAAGAGCUGCCUCUCUUUACUACUGUGGAACUUCAGUAAUUUGUGGAGGCUACCAAUUGGUCAAAUGUUUUUCAGUGUGCUCUUUUAUUAAAAUGCUUGUGCAAGUUUUGUAAUUCAGUACAGAAAAGGUUGACCUUGUAAUGUACAUUUUUGUAUGUAAAAAGUCUUUUAAGUAGCCUUAUCCUUAUUUAAAUAAACUGAAUAAAAUUA